CGAUCAUGAAUGUUGUCAGAAAUGAAAACGGCCGGGAAACUGCCGUCGAGAAGAAGCAUUGCCCGAAGCAUUGCAUCGAAAGGAACGUACGACAAAACGAUAGCGACACACCACACCUACCGUCGAACAGCAUCGAUCAAUUUUUGGCGAGUACUACUACCCUAAACCCUAAAAUUAUCCUGGCUUGCGCGUAUUACAGUUGCAUUCGAUAUAUUACGGUGAAAUCGAACAACAAUCCCUCGACGACUACCGUUAUGACUUACAAAUAAAGUAUGGCAUUUAUUUUCGUACCUACUGGUCGCGGCCACGCAUUGCAAAUCUUGAUGCUCCGCGAUGUCCACCCAACACGUUGUUCGAGAACAAAUUCUUCUGUAAACUUUGCGCCGAAAGACACAAGGGGGGGGCGGAAGUCGAGCGCGGGCGCUGCGUUUGUUCUGCGAGAUCGUUUUGUUGUUUCCGUCGCCACAUCGACGUCCCGGUCGUCCCGAUUCUUUUAUCUGAGUAUAACCGGGCUGAAGGUUUGCUUCCGAAUUAUGGACAGCUGGGGGUCGUGGUCGUGCGCCGGAUAGUCGACUAUACGACAAGUGUCAACACCCGCUGGAGGCCCUGGAGAGUCAUUUUAUUAUGUGCAAGAAUUGACAGAGAGACAGCGUCUUCUUGUACAACUUGUUCACUUGUGUCAAUAUGUAUUGGAAACUACGGACAAACUUACUAAAGUACUCUAACUCUACUUUGGUUUCGUUGUUCAUUUCUCUUGCAAGGCACAAGCUUCU